UUCACUUUGUAAUCCGUUUUUGCGCGUAUAUUUGAUUGAAUUUCAUACGCUUGAAACACACACGCAUACAAAGUCGCGUUAAAUGCCACAAAUUGCAUAGAAUUUACUGUCAAGGCCCGAUUCACUUGCACGAGAAUUGCUCAACGCCAGUGUAGUGGGGUGUAAAGUAUUAAUCGCGGAUAUUGCUCGACACGCUCGAGUGCGUGAAAUUGUGACAAAUGUUUCAAGUUAAAGAGUAAUCAAUGCAAAAAUAUUUUCAAUAAUGCAAAUUGACUUUGUGUGAAAGAAUUGAAAAUAUGAUUUACCUAAAAGAAUUUUUUACCGAAAGGCUUGUAAAAAUACAUUAAACAAAAUUGAAACAUCUGAAUAUUGUUAUAAUGCUUAUUCUUCGGUGUGGGCUACUCUUAAGCAUACUCUCAUAUCAGCUACUCGCGUUUAAAGCAGGUGCACAAAAUGCAUGCUUAUUUUCUUCUACCGAAAAUGGCAUUUGUAAAACAUAUGCUGAUUGCAUGGAAAUUCACGGGAAAGUAAUUUUUGAAAAUGACGCUUGUGAGGAAAAUACUUACUGUUGCCCUAAUAAUCGCCAUAAUACAAAACACAAUGAACUGGAGGUGAAUUUAGAAGAUCCAAAUCCACCCCUAGGAAAUAAUAACGUUAUGUUUAAGAAAGACCCAAACCCAUCGCAAUCUAAUUCGGAGCCAGAGAUAACGGUUCCGCUUUCUAAUAAUAUGAAUACAAAUGAACUGGUGGUGAAUUCGAAUCAGCAAAAUCCUCCCCUAAUGGAUGAAUAUGCGAAGAGAUUUUGGAAUAUUUUCAUGGAAGACCCGAAUCCGAAUAAAAAUGUUGCACGAACCUCGAAACCUAUCUUUGAGCCAGGGGUUGAAAUAAUUCCAAACAUAAAUAACCCAUGGCAUGAAGAUGUAUCAAUAUAUCCAGAUAUAAAUGACUCGAUGGAUGAAGAAGAUACAUAUUGAGGCUGAAAUACAAAUUGACUUAAUGUGAAAGAAUUUAAUAUAGGAUUUACUUAAAAAAUUAAUCUUCUCAAUAAAAAUUGGCAAUGAACGUGUAUUUAGAGUUAAAUAGUGGACUUGUAAGUUUCACGGUUCAAUAGCAUGAACGGUUCAAUCAGGAACAGCCUUAAAUUGAAUAUUUUAGAUAUGGAUGUUUUGAGAUCAAUCUGACUCUCAAUUCGUUCUCAAAUGAAAGAAGACAAUACAAAUUCUGUUCUAGUGUAUUAUCCAGAUGAAUGUUCCCUUAUUAUCACAUGCCUAUGGAACAGAGCAAAAAAUGCUCUUUUAUUUUAAGGUUCUGUACAAGUUGCGUUUAUUCGUCGAAAUAUUUUUGUAAUACCCUAAUAUAAAUUGAAUUAGUGACUCAUCACUUGAACCUUUAGAAUAUAUUUUUGUUCAUGCUUUAGAGUUUUCGUGCCUGGUUCACGUUUUAAAAAAGUCAAUGCUCAAAAAAAUGUGUCGCGUUUCUGGGUGUUCGCGUGUUAGAGUGUUC